CCGGCAGCCCGGAGGCCGGCUCCUCGCCCGGCGCCGGGGCCUGGGCAGCAUGUUCAGCCGGUCGGGAUACCAAGCGCUUCCCUUGGGAGACUUCGACCGCUUCCAGCAAUCCAGCAUCGGACUCUAUGGUGCACAAAAGGGCUUCUUCUCGUUUGGAUCCAAGCAAGACCCUCUGGGAGAGCCCUCAAAUGCAGCCGAUUCCACCCAGGGCUGGCUGUCCUGGAUCUGCCACGGGAUCAUCACAUCCUUGGUGUUCUUGUUGAUGCUCGCCACCUUCCCCAUCUCGGGCUGGUUUGCCUUGAAGAUUGUGCCCACCUACGAGCGCAUGAUCAUCUUCCGCCUGGGCCGCAUCCGGGCACCACAGGGGCCGGGCAUCGUCCUGCUGCUCCCCUUCAUCGAUCACUGGCAGAGGGUGGAUCUGAGGACGAGGGCCUUCAACGUGCCGCCCUGCAAGCUGACCUCCAAGGACGGUGCUGUCAUCUCGAUGGGCGCUGAUGUCCAGUUCCGGGUGUGGGACCCAGUGCUGUCUGUCAUGAUGGUGAAGGACCUCAUCGCCACCACCCGUAUGACGGCGCAGAACGCCAUGACCAAGACCCUGCUGAAGAAGAGCCUUCGUGAGAUCCAGACCGAGAAGCUGCGCAUCGGGGAACAGCUCCUGCUCGAGAUUAAUGACAUGACCAAGUCCUGGGGCCUGGAGGUGGACCGAGUGGAGCUGACCAUGGAGGCCGUGCUGCAGCCGCCCCAGGAGAGCCUGAUGGGUCCCCUGCCACCGGUGCCAGGGCUGGAGGGGCUUGACAGCACCAUCCAGCAGCUGGCUGCCCACCUCUUCAGCAACACSCUGGCUCUGACGGGCAGUGCCGGCAGCAGCCCAGAGGCAGCAGACAGCGUGGAGACCGUGAACGAGACGGAGCCGCCCGCUGCUGCCAUCGCCACCGGCAGUGCCAGGGGGAAACCSAGCGCCGAUGAGCUGCUCUCAGCCGUGGAGCUCUUCCUCUCUGAGCCCUUGGUGGGCCAGGUGGGAGCAUCUUACCAGGUCAACAUCACCCUGCCAAGCGGAGCCCGGAGCACCUAUUUCAUAGACCUUUCCUCAGGCAGCGGGCGAGCUGGGCGCGGAUUGCCAGAGGGCAGCCCCGACGUGGUCCUGGAGAUGUCAGAGAAGGACCUGCAGGACCUCUUCCUGGGUGAACUUCGUCCCUUGAGUGCCUAUAUGAGUGGGAGGCUGCAGGUGAAGGGCGACCUGCACGUUGCUCUGAAGCUGGAGGAGCUCCUCAAGGCCAUGAAGCAACGCAGAUAGAGCACGUGUGUGGGUGUGUGUCUGUGCGUCCGUGUGUGCAUGUGUCUUCGUAGGUGUGUGAAAGGCAGGAGGGAUGGGAAUGAGAACCUCAUAUGGGGACCUCAUAUGGAAGAGGCAGGAGGUCAUUGGCAUUGGACUGGGAAGAGCGUGGGGACACUGGAACCAAACUGGCUUGAUGGAGCAGUAGUCAUGAGAGUGGGGUGGCACUGGCAGGAGCGUGUGGGUGGCUGGUGCUGCAGAAGGGGACAACCCCAUCAGGGCUGGAUGGGCUUGGGAUCAGGUCCAGCUCGGCAAGGCUGACCCCAGUGUUYCCAGGGGCAGGAGCAGAGGCUGCAGGUUAGGGAGUGAUCCACCCGCAUGGGCCUGGGCCUUCCCGGCACCGAUGUCUGUUGCAAGCGAUUGCGCUAACGUGUGCUUCAGAGUGCUUUUGCAUGCGUGUUGUGAGGUCCAUCCGCAGGGAGCRCCUGGACUGUAUAUAGCCAUAUAUAGAUAUCUAUUUAUUUUGUAAGCUUCCUUUCUAUGAGCUCUGGAUGGACAAUAAACCAAUUCUGCRGCUUU